GUAGCACCUCCUCCCCAGGAGCCACUUCCGCCUCCCCACACGCACCCAAGCCGUGAGCGGACGGCAGCACGGUUCACCCUCGUCGAGUUGUGAGGGGUUGCUUUGGUUGUAUAUUCUGGUCACAUAGAUAAACCCGGGGUAACAUGCUUCUCUUUUGUCCGACCUGCGGAAACGUCCUGAUUGUAGAGGAAGGACAGAAGUGCAUGAGAUUCGCCUGCAAUACCUGCCCGUAUGUACACAACAUCACCCGGAAGGUCAAUGACAGAAAAUACCCUAAGCUGAAGGAGGUGGAUGAUGUUCUCGGUGGAGCUGCAGCUUGGGAGAACGUGGACUCCACUCCUGAAACCUGUCCAAAGUGUGGACACCUCCGAGCGUAUUUCAUGCAGAUUCAGACGAGAUCAGCUGAUGAACCAAUGACCACUUUUUACAAAUGUUGCCAGGCCCAGUGUGGACACCGAUGGAGAGACUGACACCUUCGCACUGUGGCAAAGAUACUUUAUUUAACCGCUUUUGCUGGUUAUGGAAACUUGUUUAUUUCCAAGUUUCUACUCUGAUGCCCAGCUGAAUUAAUCUCCAUUUUCUCCAACAGUUCAUUUUCAAAGAAAACAUUAAAAUUGAGUUUCAAAGAAAA